AUGGGUGGUCCCAGCAAAGGUUCCACUACGUUCCUAACCGCUACGCUCCACCACGCCGCCUCGAGAGAAGCCGCUUUAGUGAUACGCUGCCUCUCAAUGAUGUCGAAUAAGACGUCCAACAACAUGUUGAACAGGACAAUGGCAAUGGACUCAUCCUUGCCAUUGUUUACAUCACCGCGAUUUUUGUCGACAUCAACUUCAUACAUGCGUAAAAAGGCAGCGCGUCAGGACCGUUAUGCUCGUGAGGCUACGGACGCACUAAUAAUGAGGCUUCACUCCCAUGUACAUGCGCUGUCACUGGUCAACUCUGAACGUUCUGCGCUGUUUAAGCUUUUCAAAUCGAUUGUACAAAGGCAUGACGACCUGAAGACUGAUUAUCAUUCACUUCUGAAUUGUGGAUACAAACCGUCAUUAGAGCAAAUGACACUUGUUGAACUUGUUGACAAAAAAAUGAAUGUCAUAUUGAAUUUCAUGAAUAUGGCUUCCCAAAGAAGUGUGAAUAUUUCGCGUCUCAUAAUGUCGAUGGAGAUUCCGAGAAUGUCUUUGCUGAGACGUUUGCCGAAAUUUCAAAGUUGUUUGGAAGAAGGUUUUUGCUUUCCAGAAAGCAAAAAUGCGCUCAAUAUUAACCAAUUUACAAACAACUUUGUUCCGAGAAAUGAGGAGAAAGAACUACUGAUUUCCAAUAUCAAAACCGAAACAGAUUCAAAUUGUAGAAGUUGCUCUAUAUGCCCAGAUACCACUAAAGACGAUCCUGCAUCAAAAGAUGGUGAUAUCAUCAAUGGCAGCUGGCCAUACCAGGAAGAAGAAUAUCAAAGCGACAAGAGUUGGUUGAUUGAACAUGAGGAAGAGGUCAUCACCGAUUGUAACUGUCAACUCAUCGACACAAAAAAUAAAAUAGAUGGUGUGAUUCUGGAUUCAACUGUAGGCCAAUUUGAAGACGAUACAGUGGAAUACUUACCAAAUGCUUGGAAUGAGAUUUCUGAAGUCGUAGUAGCCAGACCUUUCACAUGGAGAGCAGCUUGUGCUUGCUACGGAAAUGACGAGCUGUAUGACAGAAGUUACCCAGAUAUGCAAAAAGGUGAUGCUGUCCAGCAUACUGCCCAGCCAAAGCCUAAUCCAGUAAACGCCAAGCCUCACAAGGAUGUAGUUGGGUCAAAACGACAUGAAGCACGGACAGUUGCGCAAGCGGCCGCGCUCGAACCGGUGCGGUGGAGCACAGCGAUUGGAAUCGUGGUGAGACCAUGGCGAACUGCAGAGAUGGGUGGAGGUAGCGAGGAUUCCUACACGAUACAACCGUUAAGCUCCACCGCGCCGCUUCGAGCCCAGCCGCUAGCGCUGCUGCCCGUGGUUCAUGUCGUUUCGACCCAACUAUAUGCAAGGAGAUGCAACAACGACGAAUGGAUUCUGUAUGAGCUGUACGAGUAG